AUGCCGACUUACCCUGGAUCGUGUUAUUGCCGGGAUAUCGAGUACGAACUGUCCCUGUCCUCACCCGAUGACGCACGGACUUCCCUCUGUCACUGUAAAAGCUGCAAAAAAGCCUUCGGAACAAACUACGGUCUUACCGCGAAGAUCCCCAAAGACGCUCUCCGACUCACGAAAGGCGCCCCCAAGGAACAUGUGGCCGACAAUGGGUCCGGAUCGCUGAUUCAUCGCGAGUUUUGCUCCAACUGUGGCAGUUUCAUCUGUGAAUAUGGGGAUGCUGUCAAAGAUCAGUUCCGCUAUUUAUGCGUUGGAUCCUUGGAUGAUCCCGAAGCGCUGCCACCAAAGGGCGAGUUCUUCUGCAGCUCUAAAGCCAACUGGAUGCCAGAGAUUCCCGACGUGUUUCACAAACAGAAGAUUAAGGAGUGA